CUGGGAGGCCGGGCAGAGAGGUUGAUAAGGCCUGGACCCCAGCGGCCCCCACCACUGUGCCGGCUGCUGCCCUCGCUGCUAGAACCAUGAGGGCCAUCUCGGGCACCAGCCUUGUGCUGUGUGGCCUCCUGCUGUGGCUCCAGGCCCCGUGCACGCUGGGCCUCGCCCCCCAGUCCAGAGGGCACCUCUGCCGGACCCGGCCCGCCGACCUGGUGUUUGUGGUGGACAGCUCGCGCAGCGUGAGGCCCGUGGAGUUCGAGAAGGUGAAGGUGUUCUUGUCCCAGGUCAUCGAGUCGCUGGAUGUGGGGCCCAACGCCACCCGGGUGGGCGUGGUCAACUACGCCAGCGCCGUGAAGCAGGAGUUCCCCCUGCGGGCCCACGGCUCCAAGGCCGCGCUGCUGCGGGCCGUUCGCGGCAUCCGGCCGCUGUCCACGGGGACCAUGACCGGUCUGGCCAUCCAGUUCGCCAUCACCAAAGCCUUCAGCGACGCCGAGGGGGGCCGUGCCAGGUCCCCCGACAUCAGCAAGGUGGUCAUCGUGGUGACGGACGGGAGGCCCCAGGACAGCGUGCGGGACGUGUCUGCACGGGCCCGGGCCAGCGGCAUUGAGCUGUUCGCCAUCGGCGUGGGCCGCGUGGACAAGGCCACGCUGCGGCAGAUCGCCAGCGAGCCGCAGGACGAGCACGUCGACUACGUGGAGAGCUACAGCGUCAUCGAAAAGCUGUCCAAGAAGUUCCAGGAGGCCUUCUGCGUGGUGUCAGACCUGUGUGUCACAGGAGACCACGACUGUGAGCAGGUGUGCCUCAGCUCCCCGGGCUCCUACACCUGCGCCUGUCGGGAGGGCUUCACCUUGAACAGUGAUGGCAAGACCUGCAACGUAUGCAGCGGCCGUGGUGGCAGUUCGGCCACUGACUUGGUCUUCCUCAUCGAUGGAUCCAAAAGCGUGCGGCCGGAGAACUUUGAGCUGGUGAAGAAGUUCAUCAAUCAGAUCGUGGACACGCUGGACGUGUCAGACAAACUGGCCCAAGUGGGGCUGGUGCAGUACUCCAGCUCCGUCCGCCAGGAGUUCCCGCUGGGCCGCUUCCACACGAAGAAGGACAUUAAGGCGGCUGUGCGGAACAUGUCUUACAUGGAGAAGGGCACCAUGACCGGAGCUGCCCUCAAGUACCUCAUUGACAAUUCCUUCACCGUGUCCAGCGGGGCGAGGCCCGGUGCCCAGAAGGUGGGCAUCGUCUUCACUGACGGCCGGAGCCAGGACUACAUUAAUGAUGCUGCCAAGAAGGCCAAGGACCUUGGCUUUAAGAUGUUUGCUGUGGGUGUGGGCAAUGCCGUGGAGGACGAGCUGAGGGAAAUCGCCUCAGAGCCCGUGGCCGAACACUACUUCUACACGGCUGACUUCAAGACCAUCGACCAGAUCGGCAAGAAGUUGCAGAAGAAGAUCUGUGUGGAGGAAGACCCGUGUGCUUGCGAGUCCCUUGUGAAAUUCCAGACCACGGUGGAGGGGUUGCUGCAGGCCCUGACCAGGAAACUGGAAGCUGUGAGUAAGCGGCUGGCCGUCCUGGAGAACAGAGUCGUCUAAGGCUGACUGUCCCCGCCACGGCCUCUGUGUCUGCCCCCCCCCGCCCACCCCAAGCACAGCCCGCGGAGUCCUGCGUGUGUCCCUAGAGCCCGGGUUUAGUUUAGCUUUGCUGUUUCAGUAAGGGGGGGUUGGGGAGGGACAGGCCCUGAGGGCACCAGGCCUCCCCCUCCUCCACCAGCCCUGCUGGGUGUGUGUGUGUGUGUGUGUGUGUGUGUGUAUGCACCUGAGGGCGGGUGUGUAUCUGGAGCAGGGAUGCGUGUGUGUUAUGAGCGAGAACACAGGGGUGAGUGUGAGAGGGACUGGGUUUGCAUUUUUUGUUUUUCCAAUCCAAAGCUUAAUAUAUUCCUAUUUUUUUUAGUUAACCCUUUCUUGACUGCGAGUGCUGUGAAUCUCUUUUCUGAGUUUUCGACUCCCUCCUGAAGAGCAAUUAAAUAUGACUUAAGUUAAGCCC